GCUGGAGGAAAGGGUCCCUGGCAUGAGACUCUCCGAGGAGAUAGGGAUACCGGCAACUCUUGGGAACCGGUCGUGAGGGCCAAGAGGGUCGAAGGAACGCUGGCUGAGUCUUCUGGGAAUCGGUUCCGGCUGGGGUCGUGGGCUAACAUCUUUGGCGCUCGUGUCGGGAAGACGCAGCCUGGAGCACUGAGAUGAGUGACCUAGCGUUUAUUUCCCACCUACCCCAGUCCGUUCUGCUAACGGCACGGUUUUGCAGAACACUGAUAUCUAUGGACUCUAAAAUGGACUUCAUUUAAAGAAAUCUAUGGACCAUUAAUGGACAAAAACAUGAAUCGAUAUGUAUUGUGGCAUUCAAAUCCUAGCACUUUGGGAGAGGUUUUGUUACCCUCUUCUGCAUCAGAAUUCUGUUCUACUAAUCCUCUGAGUGUCAUCUCAGGACCUUGGUCUCACUCAUGGCACGAUGGCCAGCCCUCAGGAGCACCUGAGCUGCUCCUCUUCUCCACACUUAGCCUUGAGUGAAAAUAAAACCUUCAGUGGACUACAGGAUGAACUCACAGCUAUGGGCAACCACCCUUCACCCAGGCUUCCUGAGGACCAGCAGGCAAAGGGAAUGGUGCGAACCGAGCUAACGGAGGGCACGAGCAGCCCCAUCACCACAACAGUGCUGACAAGCAUAAGCGAGGAUUCCAGGGACCAUUUUGAGAACAGCGUUCUUCAGCUAAGGGAACAAGAUGAAUCCGAGAUGGCUGUGUCUCAGGGAAACAGCAACACCGUGGACAGAGAGAGCACGAGUGGAACUGAAGACAUCAAGAUUCAGUUCAGCAGGUCGGGCAGUGGCAGCGGUGGGUUUCUUGAAGGACUAUUUGGAUGCUUAAGGCCUGUAUGGAACAUCAUUGGGAAGGCAUAUUCCACUGAUUACAAAUUGCAGCAGCAAGAUACUUGGGAAGUGCCAUUUGAAGAGAUCUCAGAGCUGCAGUGGCUGGGUAGUGGAGCCCAAGGAGCUGUCUUCUUGGGCAAGUUCCGAGCGGAAGAGGUGGCCAUCAAGAAAGUGAGAGAACAGAAUGAGACGGAUAUCAAGCAUUUGAGGAAGUUGAAGCACCCUAACAUCAUCGCAUUCAAGGGUGUUUGCACUCAGGCCCCAUGUUACUGUAUUAUCAUGGAAUACUGUGCCCACGGACAACUCUAUGAGGUCUUGCGAGCCGGCAGGAAGAUUACACCUCGAUUGCUAGUCGACUGGUCCACAGGAAUUGCGAGUGGAAUGAAUUAUUUGCACCUCCACAAAAUUAUUCAUCGUGAUCUCAAAUCACCUAAUGUUUUAGUGACUCACACAGAUGCAGUAAAAAUUUCCGAUUUUGGUACAUCUAAGGAACUCAGUGAUAAAAGUACCAAGAUGUCCUUUGCUGGCACAGUUGCAUGGAUGGCGCCAGAGGUGAUACGGAAUGAACCUGUCUCUGAAAAAGUCGAUAUAUGGUCUUUUGGAGUGGUGCUUUGGGAGCUGCUGACAGGAGAGAUCCCCUACAAAGAUGUCGAUUCUUCAGCCAUUAUUUGGGGUGUUGGAAGCAACAGCCUACACCUUCCAGUCCCUUCCACUUGCCCUGAUGGAUUCAAAAUCCUUAUGAAACAGACCUGGCAAAGUAAACCUCGCAACCGACCUUCUUUUCGGCAGACACUCAUGCAUUUAGACAUUGCCUCUGCAGAUGUACUUGCCACCCCACAAGAAACAUACUUCAAGUCUCAG